AUGAAAUUCCUACUGGUCGCAGUUGGUCUGGUCCUAGCCGUAACAGCUGAGGAACUAAUCACUAAUAACUACCAUGAAUUGAUUGGUAUUCGCGAAGCUGAAAGAAUACGCAUCGCCGAAAAAUCUCAGGACUUCGACGGCUCUAAAAUAGUAGGAGGUCAGGCUUCUGCGCUUGGUGCACAUCCUCAUUUGGGUGGACUUGUUAUAGUUUUGACCACCGGUAGACAAUCGGUGUGUGGAUCUUCUCUUCUCACUAAUACGAGGCUAGUGACCGCUGCUCACUGCUGGAGAGACUCUAACUCCCAGGCUCGUCAGUUCACCGUCGUCCUCGGCUCUAUUCGCCUCUUCUCUGGUGGUGUUCGUAUUGAAACUCGCAAUGUCCAAGUACACGGCAGUUACAAUAGCCAGACUCUGAGUAAUGAUGUAGCUGUUAUUUCUAUAAGUCACGUGGGCUACACCAAUGCAAUACAGCGCAUUGGCCUGGCGACUGGCAGCAACAACUACGCUGGGUCUUGGGCCACCGCUGCCGGUUUUGGUAGAACGAGUGAUUCCACCGGUAUCUCGAAUAGUCAAGCACAGAGGCAUGUCAGUAUGCAAGUUAUUACUAACGCUGUAUGCUCCAACACUUUUGGCCCAAGUAUCAUUAUCGCCUCAACCUUAUGUACCUCCACCAGCGGUGGUCAGAGCACAUGCGGUGGUGACUCGGGUGGUCCUCUGGCUAUCGGCAGCGGUGCCAGCCGUCAAUUAAUUGGUAUUACAUCCUUCGGGUCCAGCUCAGGGUGUUCUCGUGGACUACCCGCCGGUUUUGCAAGAGUUACCUCUUUUGCCUCUUGGAUCAGUUCUCGAUUAUAA